UUAGCUAAGCAUUUAGGGAAGCUCAAUUGAAGAUGGUGCCAAGUUGUUAUUGCGUAUUGGCAUCUGUCCAAAAGGCACCCAUUGAACGUGACAUGCUAGCUAGAUUUUCCCAGAAGAAGAUUUCUUGUUGAAUACUACUUUCUUGAUUCCCUCCAUUUAUUCCUUGCUUCAUUCUCUCAAAAUACAGUUUACACGUUAUUCUCUUCUUCCUUCAUCUUUAAGAGAAGACUAAGAGUCGUGGUGAGUUGGUACUUGUAUUCAGAAAAAAGGAAGCUUGGCUAAGUAGAGAUGGCAGAUUGGGGACCCGUGGUGAUUGCAGUGGUGUUGUUUGUGCUGUUAAGUCCAGGAUUGUUGUUCCAGUUACCAGGGAAGCACAGACUGGUUGAGUUUGGGAACAUGCAGACAAAUGGUCUUUCCAUUCUUGUUCAUACUAUCAUCUUCUUUGGCCUCACCACCAUCUUUCUUAUUGCCUUAGGCGUCCACAUCUACACUGGAUGAUCACUUCUGCAAUAUUUGUAUCCACUGCCGGUACAGUUACUUCCAGUAGUUUCUAUUCAUUUGUUUCAGGGGUUUCCUUUUGUUUACUCUAGAAAAUGACGACUUUUCCCGAGUUGAUCGCUGUAAUUCAUUUUUGUCAUUGUUGUUCUUUUUUAUGCAAACAGAUAAUUGAAAAAAAAAAAAUGUCUGUGAACCAUUGUCACAUACCUGAAUUUCAAGGAGAUGAUUAGUUUUUUAA